AUAUAUGGAUAUAAUGGUCAUCACUGUCUAUCUAAAGACGCGGCAGCGUUAGAUUUUAUUGGUAAGUACUAUUUUUGCAUAUUCUGAAUUAAUAUUCUAAUAUUCUCUAGAUUACUUCAUGAGUUGCAAAAAAUUCCUAUAAACGGACGAGUGAGCGGCGCGAACGAGUGAGUUUUAUAGGAAUUUUUCACAACGAGUGCAUAAUAAAAAUCGUACAAGCGAACCAACCAUCAAGUAAUUUGUUUAGUUUAUGAGUUAUUAUAUAUUCAAUUCAAACUUUCAAAAAUAUAUAAUGCGCAUCAAAAAGUACAAUAAUACAACAACUUCAAUUUAUACACACAAGAAAAAGAAAAAUGUUUACAAUUUUCGUAGUGUUUAUUGUUUCGUAUUUUGUUACAACAACUUUUUCUUCAAGUAUUUCUCGAAGCUGGCAAACUUAGAACGUAGAGAACUAUAAGUUCGUAUUCUCCGUUCUUAUCUUUCUUAUAGACAGAAAUAAUAAAUUCGCAUUGAAAAGUCCUAGAUUCUUCGCGAUUCGCUUUUCGAUGAUAUACAUUCUUGUAGAAGUCCAAUGUGCAUGCAGUGUGCUUUUUUCUUGUAUUAUUAUUCUCCUGCAUGAUGUUCAAUGAAUUCGCUUACGAAUGGUGUAGUGUAUCUGCGAAUCGUGAAGCCAUUACAAACUAAAAGUCGAACGAAACUGAUUGUUGCUGUCUUGUCGAAUUUUAAAGCUGGCCGCCGAUGCAAUUUUCCCUUUCGUAAACGGUCGUUACCAUCCGGAACUGGCGUUACCAUCCCGAGUCUUAUAGAAUUCUUGGUAAGCAGAGCAAAAUUCCUCGUUGUCCCAUGCUGUUCCGCUUCUUUGUCUGUUGUCCUUGCGGACAUGCUUGCUGGUUUUGACGAGUUAAUAAAUUCUGCUAUUAGCGAAUGUGAUAUCGAUUCUCAGAGUAUUCCAUUGUUAAAUGUUGAAAAAGAACGCAUAGAAGCUAAUCUUCUGGAGAAGUUGCCGGAGGAUUACUGUUAUAAGUUCAAUCUUUCAGUUAUUAAUGAACAGAAAUCGUCCUUCCAAACUGAAGACAGAACUACCGAGAAUGUUCAUCCCUGGUUAAUCGAAUUUCAAACCAUCAAUUCCAUCACUCUGAAAGUAAAAACAAAGAAAAAGCCAACAACAGGAUAUCUUACCAGACUUAUUACCGGUGUCCACAUAACACUAGACGAUGGAGCCCAAACAAAGAUCCUCAGAGAAAACAACAGAAAAAUCCAGCAGCCAGAGUGA